UAAGAAGGUAUAUGUUUAAUUUCACAAUUGUUAAUUCUUAUCUGGUGCCAUCUUUUAUACAUAGCAACAGCAAGCAGGCCGGGGAUGGUCAAGUGGACACAGCUGGGACAGCUGACCCAAAUUGACCAAAGGGAUAUUCUAUACCAUAUAACAUCAUGUUCAGCAAAAGAAAAAAAAAAAAGGGGGUAGAGGAAUAAGAAAGGUGGGGGGCUCCCUUCCAGGUGGCCAUUGCUCAGAGACUGUCUGGGCAUCGGACAGUCAUUGGGCGCGGUGAGUGAUUGCCUUUCCAUCACUCAGGGGUUUUAUUUGUUUCCUCUUCUUUCCACAGAUAUUAAGCUGUCUCUUCCCUGACCCACGAUUUUUCUCACUCUUCUUAGUCCUGUUUUCUCCCAUGUCCUGGUGGGGAAGGGGGGAGUGAGUGAGUGGCCAUGUGGGUGCUUGGCUGCUGGCAGGGGUGAACCCACCACAUUAUUCUGCUCUAAAAAAUGGUCUGUAGGGAAGUUGUGAACAUAGUGUUUCUCAUCCUCAGAGACACUUUUCGCCUGUAAAUAGUCUCCCCUUGAAUAGCUGUGGGUGUGUGACCCAAAGAUGUGUGUGUGGUAGGGCUAGUGUUGUAGCCUCACAGUGUGACCCAGACCAGAAACCUGAAUGUGGCUUUGCUACCAGCCCCAACACUACAGGACUGCAUGGCCAGAAGUGACAACUGAGGGCCCAGGUGUUCAAAGGAGACAGAUUCCUAAAACAAGUCCUGGAGCAGGAAGAAACCCAACUUCAUUCCCACAGACAUGUCCAGGUUGCGACUGUGGGAAAGGGCCUGAACUUGAUGGACAGGUGAUAGUUAUGGGCAGUAUGAAGAAGAGUGUGGUGAUGGUGGUGGGUCUGAGCAGGGAGUGUUGAGCAUCCGAAACAACAUGCAUGGGACAUCAGCUUCCAGCUCCUGACUGCAUAGGUGCUGGGCACCUGGUAUGAGACAGCACCAACCUUCAUAGCACUCAGCUCUGUUUGGGGCUUGGGCUGCAUGGAAUUAAUUACAAAUUUCUAAAGCAUGGAAGGAGAAAUUGAUAGCAACACAGAUUACAAGCAUAUGAUCACAGGAAAAACACAUCAAUAACUGCAGCAUGUUUAAAUUGCAUUUCUCAGCCAAACUUAACCCUCCAAUAACUCGAUGUACAAGCAAAGUGACUGUUCAUACUGUAGUAAAAGCCAUAGCUCAAAUCAGUUGCUUCUCACAGCACUUGGGCUCAGGGUAACUGCUGUAACACUAAUGCUAUUUUCAUGAAAAGCAGAAAAUGUAUCCAAAACUCUAAUCCAUAGUGAUAUAGUGAUUGCUAUGGAUGGGAUGAUGAGAGCCAACAAAACAAAACAAAACAAACACAAGUCCAAAGGACAGGACUGAAAAAGCUUGCCCAUCACAACUAGAGAAGAAAAAAUAAGACAAAGCUGCCACAGCUCUGAGGUGAAUUUGUAGCUUAAUUUCCUCAUUCUCAUAGCCACGCUCCUGCAUUAUGACUCAUUUCCUGUGACUAAAGCCAUAUUCAGUUACCAUGGCUAAGAUAAGUCCAGCCCACAAGCCUUCCAAGCAAAACGCUGCUGAUGGAGCCAAAACCACUUUGUACAGCUGAAACGCUCUGCUCUUAAAAGCUGGAAGACGAGAGGCUGAGAAUCAUGAGGAGCAUAUUUUUUGCUUGUGUGCUGGUGUUACUGCAGUUCUGUUGUUCCUCUGACUCCUAUCAACCAUCAACACUGCCUGAUGCUGGAGAUCCAAAGUUUAUUGAGGAAUGUGUGCAAGCUCAUAACAGAUUCCGGUCUGGAGUGAACCCACCAGCAAGCAACAUGCUCUACAUGAGCUGGGAUCCAGAUUUGGCAAAGACAGCGAAAGCUUGGGCAAAGAAAUGCCUGUUUAAACAUAAUCCGCACCUCAGAGAACCAGGGCAGGCUCACCCCAAAUUUACCCCUGUUGGAGAAAACCUCUGGACUGGCACACUUUCUGUUUUUACUGUGCAAGGAGCCAUCUCCACUUGGUACAAAGAGGUCAGCGCCUACGAUUACGCCACUGAGAAGUGCAGAGGAGUAUGCGGCCACUAUACACAGAUUGUUUGGGCUACAAGCUACAAGGUUGGCUGUGCUGUCCACUUCUGUCCCAAGAUGGCAGACAUCUCCAUAACCAAUGCAGCACACUUCAUCUGCAACUACGGGCCGGCCGGGAAUUACCCAGGGCACCCAUACAAGACGGGAGCAGCGUGCAACGACUGCAACGGCGAGCAGUGUGCCAGCCGGUUGUGUAGAAAUGCGGAACGUGACAAAGUCACUAGUUAUUCCAACUGGUACCCAGAGUGGGACAGCAAAUCUGCAUGUGACAAGUACUGCAUCAGUGUUGUUGUUUUAAGGCUGUUACUCCUUAUCCUGACAAUUCUGGCCACCUGGCUGCUACCAAAACGCUGGCCUGUAGCACCUGCCAGUGAGUGACACAUAUGCAGAAGACCACGAGAGCCCUUGAAUCAACUCAUCCCUUCCUUCCAGAUAAAUUACUGGCAACACAAAGAUUGGUAAAGACAUCGUUUGAUUUAGGAGUACAGACAUACCAUCUUGGUUGCAGGCGGCAGCUAGGAGAACUUCCUCAUUGCCCAGUAAAGGAACUGGUUUUAAAUUACCCGUGUGCGUUUUCAAAGCGAGUGGUGUGAAUGGGAUCCGGUGGAUAUGGGAGCAUGCUGCCCAGGCAGCACACCAAGGUGCAGGCAGCUGCCUGCCACACUUGCUCAGGAAGGGCUGCAGGGGUGGCUGAGGCCCCAGGCAGAUCAUGCACCUCUUGCUCCUACUGCACUCUUUCCUCAGUCACUCCCCCGCAAGAUACAGAGUAGCCUCGAGAGGUUUUUCAUUUAAGCAUUUUUUUUAAAGAAUUUAUGGACCACUGUGAGCUCUGACAUUCGCAUCCUGGGGCAGGCAGUGUGUUUCCCAGUCUUGCAGUGUACUGGGGCCAUUGGUACUUCUUUUUGCUUGGAAUUUGGUUUUAAACACAUCGCCUGUGCCAACACAUAGUUUCACUUGUGUUUAUACAUGAUUAUUUAUCACUGCAGUCUUUUGUGGUUUGUUUCUUUUAUAGUUUUUUUUGUUUGUUUGUUUUGGGUUUUUUUGCUUGUUUGUUUUUGGUUUUGUUUUGUUUGUUUGGGGUUUUUUGUGGUUUUGGUUUUGAUUUUGUGUUUUGUUUUAUUUUAUUUUGUUUUGGUUUUUUUCCGAGCAUAAGAGUUUUUGGAUGCUGUUUCAAACAAUAAAUCAUUAUUACCCGCU